CGGAACCAUGUGAGCAAACGCCGCGCGCCGCCUGCGCAAGCCGAUGUCGACACCGCACUGCCGGGGCGAGUCACGUGGCUCUCACGUGACACCGGAGUCAAGCGCAGUUGCGGAGCGUCGGACCCAAAGAUAGGGGGACGCAGCUGCUGUGCCAGUGGAAGUAUAAAUUAAUCAUUUCUCAGGAUGCGAUCUUACAAAAUUAAUACCAGAUCUUCUCGUGACUGAGGAUUUCCAGAGUUUUCCGGGGGUCGGGACAAAGCUGUUGCCAACAGGAGGAAGUUCACCAUGGUUGGGAAGCUGAUGCACGCAUUUUCAAAGCCUGAGAGACAACUGUGCUCUCUGCAGUGACAUCCUGAACUGGAUGCAUCAUAUAAUACAAUAUUCCAAAUGGGACAUGCUUGACUAAUUGUGUUGUAAAUUAUUGUUGAACUUCAAUGGCUGUGAACAGAAAAUUAGCUGAAGAUAAUUACUACAGUCUGAAAUUUGAAUGAAGAUUUGAGAACGCACAGCAAAGUUAUACCUAAGGAUGACCGAAUGUCAUGAAUCUGGUCAUUCAGUAGGGAUGCUGGCCGCUCUGGAGCAUGGUCCCAUCCUCUGCAGCGACUCCAACAUCCUGUGCCUGUCCUGGAAGGGUCGGGUACCCAAGAGCGAGAAGGAGAAGCCGGUGUGCAGGAGGAGGUACUACGAAGAAGGGUGGCUGGCCACGGGGAACGGGAGGGGGGUCGUUGGGGUCACCUUCACCUCCAGCCACUGUAGGAGGGACAGGCACACUCCACAGAGGGUCAACUUCAAUCUAAGGGGACACAACAGUGAGGUUGUCCUGGUGCGCUGGAAUGAGCCUUUUCAGAAACUGGCGACUUGUGAUCGGGAUGGAGGCAUAUUUGUCUGGAUCCAGUACGAGGGCCGGUGGUCCGUGGAGCUGGUAAACGACCGCGGCGCACAGGUGAGCGACUUUACCUGGUCACACGACGGCACGCAGGCGCUCAUCUCGUACCGGGACGGCUUCGUGCUGGUCGGCUCGGUCAGUGGCCAGAGGCACUGGUCCUCGGAGAUCAACCUGGAGAGCCAGAUCACGUGUGGGAUCUGGACCCCCGACGACCAGCAGGUCCUGUUCGGGACGGCGGAUGGUCAGGUGAUCGUCAUGGACUGUCACGGCCGCAUGCUGGCACAUGUUCUCCUGCACGAGCUGGACGGUAUCAUCAGCAUGUCCUGGAACUACCCGAACUUCCUGAUGGAGGACAGCAGUGAGAGCGACACCGACACAGACGACCACCCCAAGCCUCCAGCACACACGCAGAAAGCCCUCUUCACGGUCAGCUUCACGUCAGGAAACAUCAAUUUGAUGAAUAACUACGACGACCUCUCGCCUGCCACAAUCUGCUCAGGGCUCAGAGAUGUAGUUGUGCAGUGGUGUUCCCAGGGGGACCUCCUGGCCGUGGCCGGACUGGAGAGACACAGUCUCCCUGCGGACAUUGCCUGCAUUUCCUUGGCCAGGAAUGUCCUCGUCAAAUUCUACAAUGUCCAUGGUGAGCACAUCUACACGCUGGAGACCCCUGCUCAACGUCCAAUCAGCACAGUGUGCUGGGGUCACCGGGACUCACGGCUCUUCCUGGCCUGCGGGCCGGCGCUGUACGUGGUGCGGGUGGAGCACCGGGUGGCCAGCCUGCAGCUGCUGUGCCAGCAGGGCAUCGCCAGCGUCCUGCGGGAGGAGAAGGACGUCAGCAAGCUGAACAUGCCGUCCCGCCUCUGCUCCUACGUCACCACCGCCUUCAUCCCCACCAUUAAGCCGCCAAUUCCGGACCCCAACAACAUGCGGGACUUUGUCAGCUAUCCCACCGCGGGGAACGAGCGUCUCCACUGCACCAUGAAGCGUACGGACGACUGCCCGGAGGAGGGGGGGCCCUGUUACACCCUCUACCUGGAGUACCUGGGCGGCCUGGUGCCCAUCCUCAAGGGCCGGCGAAUCAGCAAGCUGCGGCCCGAGUUUGUCAUCGUGGAUCCAAAGGAGAACUUCAGAGCAGACGAGGUUUACGGAAACAGCCUGAUUUCCUCCAUGAUCGACAGCUGCAACUGUUCCGACUCGAGCGACAACGAGCUGAAUGACGACUGGGUUGGAAAGAAAUCCUCCAAGUCACUGGGAAACAAGUCACCUAAACCGAGAAUUAAUAUGGAUGUGAGAAAAUCGCCUAAGCUAUCCAGGGCUGUGCAGGAUGUAUCCCGGUCACCACGGUUACCUGCUCGGAGCACCGCUAUUGGCUCCCCGGGGCUCACAUGCAAAGAGUUCCCUCUAGAUGACAUUACUGAGCACAAUUACCUUGCUCAAGUGACAUCCAAUAUUUGGGGCACGAAGUUUAAAAUUGUGGGCCUUGCCUCAUUCUUGCCGACAAACCUUGGUGCAGUUAUCUAUAAGACAAGUCUACUGCACCUCCAGCCCAGACAGAUGACUAUUUACCUACCAGAAGUGCGAAAGAUUUCCCUUGACCUGAUGAACCUCCCUGUCUUCAAUCCGAACGUCUUCAGUGAGGAUGAGGAUGACUUACCAGUGACAGGACCCUCUGGAGUUGUUGAUGACAAUCCUCCCUGCACCGUUAACAUCCCCAUUGCACCAAUCCAUAGCCCCGCCCAGGCGAUGUCACCUACACAGAGCAUUGGACUUGUCCAGUCCCUAUUGGCUAGUCAGAAUGUUCAGCUCGACGUCCUGACUAAUGCUACCGCCAGUGCAGCUGCCAUCACUGGGGUCGCUGGGCGUAACCAGGAGACGGGGGCAUCGCAGUACAGCUUGCCCACCAGAUACUCUGGCCCCGGACAAGUGAUCUUCAGCGGGAUGGAUUUGGGUCGCAUUCCGGUUGGGCUACCUCUCGCUCAUCAGCAGCAGAUUCAGCAGCGCCAGCAGCAGCAACAACAAAUGCAGCCGCCGCAGCUAAAACAGCAACAGAAGCCUCCGCAGCAGCAACACACGCUGCAUCAGGUGCAGCAGCUGCAGCAGCAGCAGCAACAGAUUAAACACCAGCUGCAACAGCAGCAGCAAAUGAAGCUGCAGCAGCAGCAGAUUCAACAGCAGCAGCAGCAGAUCCAGCAGCAGAUUCAGGAGAUGCGCCAGCAGCAGCAGCAGAUGCAGCAGCAGCACCAACAGCUGCAGCAGCUCAAGAUGCAGUUUCCUUUGCCCCCGCUUGGAGCCGGCCAUCCCCAGGUUGUGUUGCCUCAGCCUCAGGUUGUGCUCCAGAUACCCCGGUUUCCUGACGAGCACGGACGAGAGAGAAGAGACCAGGAGCAUCAGCUGAAAAUGAAAGCCCCACACCCAUCCCCACUGCUCGCUGAGGGGGAUGCAGCAGUUUUCGCUGCCACUCUGGAGAUCAGCAAAAUGAACCCUCCGCCCCCUUACCCAGGCACUGUAGGGUCUGUGGUUUCAGUAGCCUCUACAAGCCCUAGUGACAACAGCCACACCGGUCAGCCCCAGUUAGAUCUUUGCUUAAAAAAGGACUUCCUGCUGUACCCACUGGCCUCCCAGUACCAGACCCCAGUAGGGUACGAGCGGAUAACGACUUUCGAUAGCAGUGGGAACGUAGAGGAGGUAUGCCGUCCUCGCACGAGGCUGGUGUAUAACCAGAGCCUGCACCCUCUCCAGGGACCAGGAAGUUCUGCAACUCUGAGGGUAACUUCUUCAGAGAAGAAGAAAAUCCAGCUUCCAUACACUUCUGCCACUCUCAGUCGGCUCACAAUUCCACGAUACUCGAUACCUACCAGGGAUCCACCGCCCUACCCGGAUUCAGCAACUACUGCACGGAGUCCUGGCCAGCAGAUGGACGCCACGCUUGUUCGUACCACACCACAGUGCAGCAUCAGGGAGGGAGCCUUGAAUGUCUCUCAGAUGUCUGCCAAAACUCUACCAACUAAGUCCAAAGUCAACAGAACUCUAGCAGCCUCCUACCAGCAAAGAGUGUCAAAAGCGUUGCAUACUUGUAGCCAGUGUAGUAGCACCAGUGGCAAUCCCAGCGUGAAUAUUAGUAGCGGGAACACCAGUGGGAGCGGCAGUAGUAACGGUAUUACAGGUGGGACUAUCAUGAGGCCAGAUUUUACACUGGGAAAUGGAGGCCAGCUCAACACUAUCAUCGUUCACUCAAACAGCGCUUCGCCUCUGACUUCACAGUCCUCCUAUAACCUACUCGGCCCUCUCGAGAAUGCCAGGGACCGGACAGAGUAUGUUAAUUCAGCUUUUACUGAGGAUGAGGAGGUGAAUCCGGAGUGCCAGUUAGAGAAACCUGUCCGGCACUUAACCCUGGGAGAAGUCAGCCUGACAGUCAAGCGUCCCCCUCCUUACCAAUGGGAUACCAGUAGGGCCUCUGAGGAAAUCUGGGUUCCUCGGGAACAGACUGUCUUGACUACCCCUCCUGUGCCACAUAAAGCACCAUCAAUCAUUCUGAAUCCAGACCAGCACUUAAGUGUGUCUCGAUUGCCCUUUGGCCUUCCACCACAAUCUCCCACUAGUCUCAGUGCCCCCACUUUCCAGUCAGGUUACCAGAUUUCUUUGCCCUUUCCUCCAGGUGCCGGUUAUAAUGGCCCACAACUCCAAACAUUGCAGCCUCCUCCACAACCCUGCCCCAUCAAGGAAGCCGUGGCGCCUCUCUCCUUCAGUCAGCAAGAGCCUGCCAUGGUCCUGCCGCCCAGUUACCCACCAAAUUUAGCCAACUUGAGCUGUUGUUCACUGCCACCCAUCUACCCAAGUGCCAGUUCCUGCACUGGCCUCCAGCUGCCCCCUGCAGCCAUGCAUCCUUGGAACAUCUAUAACCCAUGCCCACCCGUACCGAAUCCCCCGGAGACACUUCCCAGCAAAUCCCACCAGGUGGUGGAAAAGCCGGUCCUUUCGCCGCCCCCUCCUGCUGAUCUCCAGAACCAUCUCAGGUUCACGGAGGCCAUAGCAGAAGCUAGUGACAACCUUCAGGAGGUACUUCCCCUGAAUGAGAGCCCAAUGCCUCAGAGAAUGGAGGAAUUUGUCAAAAAGAGCCGCAGGAGUCUUGACAGCCAGGGAGACGAAGCUAAUGUUACUCCUGUUGCGCAGGACAAGGGGAAGAAGGAGGGUCGUAUGCUCGGUGACUUCAACAACCUCAUGUCUAGCCCUGGACUUAGCCGAGAAAAGAAGAAACCCAAGAGCCAGAAGGAGCAGCAAAAGGCAAAGAAGAUGAACAAGACGAAUGAGUUCCAGGACAGCUCGGAGAGUGAGCCGGAGCUGUUUGUCAGUGGGGAUGAACUCAUGAACCAGAGCCAGAGUAGCAAGAAAGGUUGGAAAAGCAAGCGGAACCUACGCACUACCAGCGAACUCGAGGAGAUCAAGUGCCGCAAAGCGAACGAGAAGGAAGACCGGGGCCUCGGUAGUCAAGGCUUUGUGUAUGUCAUGGCCAACAAACAACCCCUUUGGAAUGAGGCCACACAAGUAUAUCAGCUAGACUUUGGAGGAAGGGUCACGCAGGAGUCAGCUAAGAACUUCCAGAUUGAGUUGGAAGGAAGACAAGUAAUGCAGUUCGGCAGAAUUGAUGGCAACGCCUACAUCCUGGAUUUUCAGUACCCAUUUUCAGCAGUGCAGGCCUUUGCUGUAGCCUUGGCCAAUGUGACCCAGCGGCUUAAGUGAAGAGGUAUCGGGAUUGGUGCAAGAAGAAAAUCGGGAGUGAUGUGUUGGUUUGUUAUGCUGGGGGGGGAGGGGGGGUAUAAAUAAGGGGUUAGUUUACUGUGGUCACUUUUCAAUUUUUAUGCUGCUGUAAUGUAUAGAAGCUGGAGGAACAGCUACCUUAUUUACAUGCUGCCUUAUUUAACUAUUUUUAUUAUAGCAGUUUGUUUUUAAGCUCUUAAAUGAAAACCUGCAGUGGAGAUUCAUUUGUUGAACUACAGCAAAUACAGGGGGCUGAAAUUAAUAUAUAAUAAUCCUGUUAAAUAAUUGUGUAUUAUUAUUAUUAUGGUAUUUAAUCAUUGUUUAGUUUUUUUUACUAUAGGGGUUCCCCAACCUUUUGAUGACCACGGACCGGUUUACAUUGUGCAAACAUUUCACAGACCGGUAAAACUUGUCACUUGGAGGGGGAGGGGGGGGGGAAUUGUGUGUUAAAAUUUGAUGGAAUGGACAGUGCAGGUGGCAGAUCAAUCGGUGGAACAAACUUUAUAAGUUAUACAGUUUAUUUUUGUAAGUUAACCAUCCCUUCCCACAAUGUCCCAGUGUUCUCUUUCCGGUGGAAUACUGGCCAUGAUGCAGGAGUUGGGGGUCUCUGUGUUAGUACACAUUGGUGGCUGAUUAGGCACUUAACUGUGACCUAAGAAUUCACGUGCACUUUUUCUUACUUUCGCACUUUUCACUGGUUUCUGUAUAAAACUGUGUAUAGAGCUGGUCCGUCAUAGUGUGAUUUGGCAAAAAGUAUUCAAGAUUUAAGGCCAAAGGAAACCUACAUGGCAGUCCUUUUCAGAAGCCUGUGCCCCUUAGAUAUCUAAUGUCUGCUAAAGGACAAUGUGAUAAUGUUUAAUAACAAACCAAAUGACAAACCUCUAAAUUCAUAAAGUCAUUUACAGUGGUACCUCGGUUCUCAAACUCACUAGAACUCAAAUUUCUUGAAAGUCGAACAAACCAGUUUGACCUAGAACUCGAUCUGAAUAUCAGAAGUUGAACCGUGAACGCUGACCUG